CAUGUCUUGGCCGACCCCGCUCCCAUUUUUACUCCGCCUUCUCCGAUGAUUCCUCCCGCGCCAUUGCAGACGGAAAGUGGCGCGGUUGUCGUUCAUCCUCUGGCGGCACCUUCUGAAGAAGCGCCCAAUGGCCCAUCAUGCAGCUUUCUCGUUGAGGCCAGCAGCGGGCAGCUCGUCAACGACGCGUCUAAGCUCAGCCGCUGCAGCCAGCUCUUCAGCAUCGGCCCCAAGUUCAGCGACAGCCAGACCCCCAGCAAGGGCGCCCAGUUCGACAGCCAAGGCCAGGAGAGACGAAGAUCAGAGCUGACCAACGGAAGGAGCCCAGAUGGGCUGCCAAGGAGAGGAAGGACCGGCGUCGCGGGCGCCAGAUUCACCAGCUGCGAGCCCCCGCUUCAUUUAUGGAAAAAGCAGGCGCAGCCGGGCUCGAAAACAUCGAACCAGGCCCCAAAGCGAGCCGCCCCGUAGAAGCAAACAGGUUGGUCGAUCAGGUCGGGGCGCGAGCCUGACCUUGGUCUGGCC